AUGUGGACUGGUAUAGGGAAAAUAUUAUUUUUUCAUUUACUAGUUAUGGAACUUUUCUCAGGAAAAGGAACCGAAACUGACUGUGAAGACGGACAGUUUCAAUGCAAUAACAAGAGAUGUAUUCCCACUCUCUGGCGAUGCGACGAUGACGACGACUGCUCUGACAACAGCGAUGAGGAAAACUGCCCGAGGAAGACCUGCGCCCCAACGGAGUUUGCCUGCCAGAACGGGCAGUGUGUGCCAGGACGGUGGCGCUGCGACGGAGAGCCCGAGUGCCCAGAUGGAUCGGACGAGGCUGAUUCCACCUGCAUAAAACAAACGUGCCCUCCAGAGAAGUUUGACUGCGGAGGAAAGUGUGUGUCGUUGUCAUGGCGAUGUGAUGGAGAGAAGGACUGUGAGAACGGGGCAGAUGAGGAAGACUGUGCCUCAGAUGCCCGGGCGUGUCCAGCGGGUGAGUUUCAGUGCCGUAACCAUAAGUGCCUAGCUCCAGUCUAUGUUUGCGACGGUGACGAUGACUGUGGUGAUGCCAGUGAUGAAGAAAAGUGCUCUCCGCCCACCUGCGGCCCUCACGAGUUCCGCUGUAACAGCUCUGAGUGCGUACCACAGCCGUGGAGCUGCGACGGAGACCCUGACUGUUCAGAUGGCUCCGACGAGUGGCCGGAACGCUGCGGGAGCGGGGGCAGCCGUCCUGCCCCGCCCCCUGCCCGCAGGCUACAGUGCAGCGUCGGAGAGUUCCGCUGCAACAGCGGGGAGUGUGUGCGACUCACCUGGAAAUGCGACGGAGACCCAGACUGCAAAGACAAGUCCGACGAGGCCGACUGCCCUCUACUCACCUGCAGGCCAGAUGAGUUCCAGUGUGGUGAUGGUUCUUGUAUCCACGGCACCAAACAAUGCAACAAAGCCUACGACUGUCCUGACAGGAGCGACGAAGCUGGCUGUGUCAACGCGACUAAGUGUGAGGGCCCACUGAAGUUCCUGUGCAGAAAUGGCGAGUGUAUCGACAGUGCCAAGGUGUGUGACGACGUGAGGGACUGUAAGGACCGGUCAGAUGAACCCAAGAAAGAGUGUGGGCUGAACGAGUGUACGAUUAACAACGGCGGCUGCUCCCACAUCUGUGUGGACCGUCCCAUUGGCUACAGCUGCCAGUGUCCUGCGGGAUACAAGCUGCUGGACAAGAGGACGUGUGGAGAUAUUGACGAGUGUGAGAAUCCCGAUGCCUGCAGCCAGAUCUGUAUUAACUACAAAGGCGACUACAAGUGUGAGUGUCACAAGGGCUAUGAGAUGGAUCCCGUGAGCAAGACCUGUAAAGCAGAAGGAAAGAGUCCUUACCUUAUGUUUACCAAUCGCCACGAAAUCCGCCGCAUUGACCUGGUGAAGAGGGACUACACCCAGGUGGUCCCCACACAGAAGAACGCCGUGGCCAUCGAUGUGGACGUGGCCUCAAACCGCAUGUUCUGGUGCGACCGUUUCCACCGCAGGAUCUACAGUGCUUACAUCCAUGAAGCCAGCGAUCCGUCUCGACAUGUCACUCUAAUAGACUCAGACCUGCACUCUCCAGAGGGAUUAGCACUGGACUGGGUCCAACACAAUCUCUACUGGACCGACUCUGGGGACAGAACCAUCUCCGUGGCGAGGGCUGAUGGCAGCAGGCGCAGGGUCCUGAUUGACACGGAGCUGAACGAACCAAGGGCCAUUGCCGUGGAUCCAGAGAGAGGGUUCAUGUACUGGUCGGACUGGGGAAUGAGGCCGAAGAUUGAGAAGGCCGGGAUGAACGGCGUGGAUCGUCAGAUCCUGGUGUCCGAGGACAUUGAGUGGCCCAAUGGGAUUACUCUGGACGUGGUGGGCAAGCGCCUGUAUUGGGUGGACUCCAAACUCAAUCUGAUCUGCAGUGUGGAUUUUAAUGGUGCUCAACGCAGAAUUGUCCUGUCCUCUCAGGAGAGGCUCGGCCAUCCUUACGCCCUCGCUGUGUUCGAGGAUCGAGUGUACUGGACGGACAGAGAGAAGGAGGCGGUGUUCAGUGCUAACAGACUGACGGGGCAGGACGUGACCACCCUCGCCGAAAACCUUCAUGACCCCCACGAUAUAGUCGUUUUUCACGAGCUCAGCCAGCCUGGGGCUCCUGACAGCUGUAACCUGACAGGCAUGAGCAACGGCGGCUGUGACUUCCUGUGUCUCAAAGCUCCGCAGAUCACGGAACAUUCGCCCAAGUACACCUGCGCCUGCCCCGAUGGCGAGGAGCUGGACGUGGACAUGCGCCGAUGUGUCCCCAUUCAAAAUGACUCGGCAACGAUUACUCCCAUCCCUGGCAAUGUCACCAUGGAAACGGUCACUGAAGCGGGUCCGACCAGUGCCCCCUCUGAAGUUGUGACACCCCACACAGACACAGUGACACAUAUCACCAUUUCUCCAGCUCCUAGCAACAGCAACAGCCUUGAUGAAACUGUCUCCUCAAACACUACAGUGAGAGUGACUCAGACACCCACUCAAACCUACAGCACUGCACCCGGGGAAAUCAGCAACCUGUCUCAUCACGCUGGUGGUGAGUUGUUUCUCCUUGGCCGUAAUCUGACAGUGGUGGUUCUUGGCAUUGUUGUUCCCAUAGUUCCUAUCGUUGCCACAGUGGUCUUCGGCGUGGUAUGCACCGGGAUCUACCUGGUCUGGCGCAAUUGGCGGCGGAAGAGCACCAAGAGCAUGAACUUCGACAACCCCGUCUACCGCAAGACCACCGGAGAGACCGAGGAGGACGAGAUCCACAUCGGGCGGACCGACGGCCUCGCCGGGCACCACCAUCACCCUUACCCCGGCCCCGUGGUGGGAAUGGCCACAGUGGGUGCCCACGCGGGGACAUGCCCACCUUUCAUCGCCCUGCCACUAGGUGGCAGCAUCACAGACCCAACCACGCACUGGUACACCGAACAGCCGACUAUGGCCAGUGCAAAGUGA